AUUUGACAGUCAUUCUUUUAAGCAAAAACUUGAGGGGAAAACCGUGAGGGAUGGAGUCUAGGGUUAAAUCCUCCCCCCACUCGGUGCAGCGGUGGCAGCUGGACGGGCCAGACCUGCCGGCCCCUCCGGACCUGCGGGCCCGGACCCGCUUCAGCAGCUGGACCCCCCUGAACCACCGAGAGAGCAACCUGCAGUUAUUUGAGGAGCGGGUGAAUCUUGUGCUUCACUGGUUUGACCUGUGGACUGAUGUGCAAAGGAAACACCUGCUGAACUCUCUGCUCACGCGCUGCACCAAACUGCAACUCAAGUUCUGCAGGGACCUGCUGAUUGAGACGGUUUCCGUGUCACGAGUGGACUUCACAGCGGUGCUGCCUCGGUUUUUAUCCCUGUAUGUCAUGUCCUUUCUGCCCCCUCGAGACCUCUGCAGCGCUGCCCAAGUCAGCUGGCACUGGAGGGUCCUGGCAGAGCAGGACUGUCUCUGGGCAGGCCGGUGCAUCAGGAGGGGCUGGUUCCUUCCAUACACACCAGGAGGGAAAGAGUUUGGUGCUUGGAAGAACCACUACAUCUCCUGUGUGUCCACGCUGGACUGGCUCACUCCCCGGGAAGCAGCUGAGGUGUACGGGACCCUUAACCAACAAAACAUGAGUGGGACAGAGGAGGAAGAAGAGAGGAGAAAAGAGAGGAGGAUCAGGCAGAGAGUCAGAGAAAAGCUUCAGGAGGAGAAAAGACAAUCAAUGCAAACCAGGAGACCGUGGGGUUGCUCUGGAAGGCUAGAAGGAGCCAGAGGUGGAGGCUCCCAGCAGGUCCGGCCCAGCUCUGGGACAACGCUGAACUCCUGGCCUUCCCUCUCCUGGCCUCCCAGGACCGUUGAGUCUUCCAGUCUCCAUCUCAGCCUGGUCACGGAGCCAUAUUUGACUGUAACUCAGUGCUUGGAGAGAGUCCAGACCUCCAGCGUUGAUGGUGAACGUCUCCAUAAAGCCAGAGGACAGCUGUCUUCCUACACCUGCAGACCUGCACUGUCACACUCUCCCCGUCAUCACACCUGUCCUGCACUCUUACUGCUCAUCUCCAACAGGAUUCCUGCCUAUGAGAUGUUGCUGAGCGGUGUGAGAGCCAAGGUGACCGUGGUCCUGUUUGACCACAGAGGGACUCUCUCUGCUCUGUUAGCCCAGGCGGAGAGGGCUAUUUCAGGCCAGCCGGUUCAGAGGCUGGGGCUGCUCGCCCCGGGAGGAACACAGGAAGUUCAUCUUCUCCUCGGCACUAGUCUAUCUGAGACGACCCUGCUGACCCCCGAUCACAGGGAAUUCUGGGAAAAACUCUGUGGCUGGGUGGCACCAACUCAAGAAGGAGGAGGGAUUGAUAUCUUCUGCCCACUGGCUGCUUCUGUAUCAGGAGUUGCUCUCGUCCGCAAUCUUUCUACACUGACUGGUCUGGAGGUUUGGACGCCAGUGGGACUUGCAACAGGAAGUUUCCAAGGCAUCCUCAGUGAGUGGGCUGCUGCUGAUGUGUCUACAGGACUCUCUGAACAGCAGACUGCAUGUCCUCCGCAGCAGUACGUGUGCAGCAGCGUGCUGCAGAGCUGGUGCAGACAGGCCCAGUGGAUGGAGGAGGCUCUGAGGGAGAUGAGGAGCUCCCUGGAGCCACGGCUGCAGGAAGUCGGCCUGCAGGCCAGGGGUCGAGCGCUGGGUUUUUGUCUGUGGGAGUUGAUCUGCCUUGAAGAGCUUUGUGUGUCAAAAGAACUCAGUGAAGCGCUGACAGAAGGUCUCACUGCUCUCACGAGACAAAAUGAGACCAGACCUGUGGAGUUUCUGUCCAUCUUCCUGACAAGGUGGAGUAAAGAAAAGGAGAGACAAGGGAGCAGUGGAGAGGACAAACAGCCAACAGUAGAUGAUCUGUCACUAGCACAACACGGUUCACGCUCCUGCUCCAGUCCAACACCUGAGCUGCCACUGACUGUGUUAGACUGGAGAGCUGCAGCUGCAAGGGAGCUACAGCACAGCGAGUGUCUGUAUCUGGGGAGACUGAGUGCUGUGCUGAAGGCGUACGAAGAACCUCUUACAGCAGCUCUGAACUCCAACAGAGCCAUCGUCAGCUAUACCGACGUCCAGAUCAUCUUCAGCUCUCUGAAGCAAAUACUGCAGCUUAACAGGGUAUUUCAUGCAGAUUUGCAGACCAGGCUGCAGCAGUGGGAUGUACAUCAGUGUGUUGGAGAUGUGUUUCUAAAGCUGUGCUCAAAACUGAAAGUUUACACCAACUAUGUCAACAACUACAUCACAGCCCUCAACACCAUUGACAAGUGCAGGGAAGCUAAACCAGCGUUUCGAGCUUUCCUGAAGAGAGCAGACAGGACUCUUGCGACCCACAUGCUGAGCUUGCAGGAGCUGCUGCUGUGUCCCGUAUGGAGAAUACAGGAGUAUGUGACUCUGCUGCAAGCUCUGUCUUUACACACACAACCGCAUCACCCGGACCACACACACCUCUGCUCUGCCCUCAGCAUGAUGCUGCAGUUCUGCCAUUUCAUAAAAAAGGUAAAGGACAACUCCAAGGCAGAUAGUUUAAUUCAAGAAACACAGCAAAUGAUCAAAGGUUGUCCGAAGCUGAAUGAAGGAAACAGACAGCUGGUAAUAAUUCAGAAAGCCGUGUUGCUCAGGAGCAACAAUGAGCAGAUUCCAGACUCGCUGAGGACCUAUGAGCAGGUUUCUGAUGUGGGCUUAUUCCUGUUUAAUGAUGCUUUGGUGUUGACGUGGAGGCACGUGCACCACACACCAUUCACGCUGUCGCACCAGAGUUCACACGCGUUCCUGGCAUCUGUCGCUCUCACCAGUCUGGAUGUCAGAGAAAUUAUGCAUACACGCUAUGUGUGCCAUGCGUUCGUCCUGGAGGGUCCUUGUCGUUCUUGGAUUUGUGCUACAGAGCAAGAUGAAGAAAGAGAGCACUUCCUGUCUGUGCUGCGUUCGGCCAUAAACGCUGCUUUGAUGGGACCUCAGUGAAGGCACCGCCACCAUAGACCAGCGAGAGAAGGUUUGGACAGAAAUGUAGAGCAGGUGACCAAAGACGGCAAUCCCAAAGCCUUUUCCUAAAAUGUUGAGUUCUAAUGAAGAUCUGUUUUGACCGUUCACAUUAACUUUCAUGAAUGUAAAACUCUUAG